AUGGCAGCGCAGCAGCAGGGAAGAGGCAGUGGAGCUGCGGUCCUUGCGGCGGCGGUGCUCCUCUGCGUGCUCCUCCAUGCCCACGUCGCGGAGUCGGCCGUGUUCACCGUCGGCGACCGUGGCGGCUGGAGCUUCAACACCAACACCUGGACCAACGGCAAGCGCUUCAAGGCUGGGGACGUCCUAGUGUUCAAGUACGACUCGACGGCGCACAACGUGGUGGCGGUGAACGCCGCCGGCUACAAAGGCUGCUCCGCGCCCGGGGGCGCCAAGGUGUACAAGUCCGGCAACGACCGCGUCACGCUCGCCCGCGGCACCAACUACUUCAUCUGCAGCAUCCCCGGCCACUGCCAGGCCGGCAUGAAGAUCGGCGUCACCGCCGCCUGA